AUGGGAUCCAACGUUGAGCUGGUAUGGCCAGAGUCAGAGGCAUAUUCCUCACGGGUGAACAACUGCUCACAUGCAAAUUCAUCCCUAGCUGUAAUUCGAGCGAAGUUGAGUGCCGAACAAUUAGAACAAUUCAAGACAUCAUGCUUUGGCCAUCUUCUGAAUAUAGAUAAGAUUCAGUUUAGCGGGCAGAUUGUGCAUGGGGUUGUGUUGCGUAGAGUAGCGGGGCAGGGUGUGAAAGACUUGGAUGGACUGAGUUUCUUAAUAGGGUGCGACGUUGCUCAGUUCACUCGUCAGGAUUUCUGUUUGAUCUCAGGGCUUCGUUUUGGGGAAGUGCCUGAAGUUUCCAGUGGAGAAAGUGAUGAAAUUAGACUUCAGAAAAGAUAUUUUAUAGACGAAGGAAUUACAUGUAAUGCUUUAGAAGAAGCAUUUGUGAGGUGCACAGAGGAAGAUGACGUCUACAAGCUAGCUCUUGUUUACUUUGCUGAGUUAGUGGUUUUGGGAAGGGACAAACAUUUGAACAUCAAUCUAAAUUACCUGACCCUUGUAGAGGACUUGGAUGCGUUCAACAGGUUUCCAUGGGGUUCGGUGUCGUUUGACAAAACCCAAGACAGUCUGUUUUCUGCACCAACAAAGUAUGUGAAAAGCUUUGAAAAUGAAGAGGGAAGAGGGAAGGGGAAAUGUAAGGUAACCGGAACAAGCCGGAGAAAUGAGAAGGGCAAGAAGGAUAACCAUGGUGAAGUGCAAAGGGGUGGCUGGAGUUUUAAAGGUUUCACGUAUGCUUUCCAGAUUUGGGUAUAUGAAUUAAUUCCUAGAAUGGUGGACCUGAAUUACUGCAAGGUUGUUGAUCCGACAGCUCUCCCGCGUAUUUUGCGAUGGAGAACUACUACGUCUGUUCCCGAGAUGAGAAAGUUGAACAAUUAUUUUUUCCAGAGCAAAGAGUCAGUUCAGUUGCGGGCGCUAUGUCCAAGUGAAGAGGAAAUGAGACAACCAUAUUGGAGUUGGCCACAGGGUCGCCCUGCUGUUGUCUCGGCAGAGUCAAUUCCUUCUUCAUGUGCUGACCUUGAUGAGUUGAACAAGGCGGUAAGCUUGUUGAGGUCCGAGUUGUUUCAAGUAAAGCGGGAAAAGGACGUCCUUGAGUUAAAGGUCAUACGGAUGGAAAAAAAUUUGGGCCACUGUUUAGGUCCUCAUUUUGAGCAGGAAGUGAGAAGGGACAUAGCUUUACUGAAAGAGAGGACGAAUCGUUGUGUCGUGUCACAUCUAUUUAAGGGAUAUGAGGAAGUGGAUGGCAUGCAAUGGGAUGAAGGGCCAAGUAAUAGAAAUGAAGGAGAGGCAAAUGAAGAGGAGGACAUUGAAGGGGGUGAAGGGCCAAAUAACAGAAAUGAGGGAGAGGACAAGGAAGAGGAGGGGAUUGAAAGGGGUGAAGGGGCAAGUAAGACAAAUGAGGGAGAGGAAAAGGAAGAGGAGGGGAUUGAAGGGGGUGAAGUGCCAAGUAAGAGAAAUGAGGGAGAGGAAAAGGAAGAGAAGGGGAUUGAAGGAGGCCAAGUGCAAAGAAAACCAAGGGAGGUAGAGGAAGCUCAAAGGAAAAGAAGUGAGGGAGAGCAAGUGAAAAUAAAAAGCAGCAAAGGAGAGGAAGCGCAAAGAAAGAGCAUUGAGGGAGAGGAAGAACUGCAAAGAAAAAGCAGUGAGGGAGAGGAUCCGAAAAAAAAAAAGGGCAAGGAAGUGAAAAGACAGAGAAGUGAGGAAAAGGAAGUGCAAAGAAACCAAUGUGAGGAAGAGGAUGAUGAAGUUAUGUUGGUUGGCGAUGACAUUGGCGAGAGCACGGAGGGGACAAAGGUUGAGGUUACUGUCGGGGACAUUGAUUUGGAUCAACCUAGAGCUGUGUUAUCUCAGUUGAACGUUUGGUUGAAUGAUGAAGGUCAAGGUGUGGAACGAGGGGUCCAAUUACGGAAGAGGAAGAGGAUUAUUCCUAUGUGGAAGAUCGUUGAAGCUAGUGAAGUGGUUAAAAAAAAUUUGCCAAAGACAACCGGACUUCGGACGUUAGACCCAAUGAAGGCGAUUCCGCAUGAUGAUAUGGUGAAAUUGCUGAAACUUUGUUCGGAAUGGCGCCAUAACCCAAAGUAA